AUGUCCGACUACGGCGGUGACGACUACGAUGGCGGUGCUGGUGAUAUCGAUGAGCCUCUCAUCGAGUUCGACGAAGAAGCAGAGCCCGAUCUGAUGGACGACGAAGACGACCAGCCCGGCGGCGGUGAAGACCCAGACAACGCCGAGCCCAACGACGACAACGUAGUAGUAUCGGGCGAUGCAAAUGCGGCAGCAGCUGCCAGAGAAGCUUCCAAGAACACAGUCACGAGCGAAAAGGACAAGAAGGUUCCAAACGACAAGCGCACAACCACUCCAUACAUGACAAAGUACGAGAAGGCGCGUGUUUUGGGCACAAGAGCACUCCAGAUCAGUGGUAACGCUCCGGUAUUGAUUGACGUGGAAGGAAUGACGGACCCUCUGCAGAUUGCUGCGAAAGAGCUGCAAGAGAAGAAGAUCCCGCUCGUUGUACGGCGGUAUCUGCCUGAUGGAUACUACGAGGAUUGGACUUGCGAAGAGCUUCUGACAUGA